CUGCGUGGGUGUUGAAGAAGAAGAGGCACCAGAUAUCGACAUCUAUCAUUGUCCAAAUUGUGAGAAAACUCACGGAAAGUCUACUUUGAAAAAGAAAAGAAAUUGGCAUAAACAUGAUACUGGACAGACGACAGAGGUCAAACCUGUACAAAACGGGAGCCAAGUCUUUAUAAAAGAACUUCGAAGUCGUACUUUUCCAAGUGCUGAAGAUAUAGUCAUGAAAGUGCCAGGCAGCCAACUAACAACAGAGUAUUUGGAAGAAAAUGGCUUUGCAGAGCCCAUCCUUGUCACAAAGAAGGACGGCCUGGGUUUGUCCGUACCUGCACCCACCUUCUACGUCAGCGAUGUUGAAAACUAUGUUGGACCAGAGAGGAGCGUUGAUGUCACUGAUGUCACCAAGCAGAAAGACUGCAAGAUGAAGCUCAAGGAAUUUGUGGAUUACUACUACAGCACAAACAGGAAAAGGGUCCUCAAUGUGACCAACCUGGAGUUCUCGGACACGAGGAUGUCCAGUUUUGUAGAGCCCCCAGAUAUAGUUAAGAAGCUGUCCUGGGUGGAAAACUAUUGGCCUGAUGAUGCUCUUCUGGCUAAACCAAAAGUUACCAAGUACUGCCUGAUCUGCGUGAAGGACAGCUACACAGAUUUCCACAUAGAUUCGGGAGGAGCUUCUGCAUGGUACCAUGUGCUGAAGGGAGAAAAGAUAUUUUAUCUCAUCAAACCAGCCUCUGCAAAUAUUUCUCUUUAUGAACGCUGGCAAUCGGCAGCAAACCACAGUGAGAUGUUUUUUGCAGACCAAGUAGAUAAAUGUUACAAAUGCACAGUUAAACAAGGACAGACACUCUUCAUUCCAUCAGGUUGGAUUUAUGCAACUCUGACACCUGUAGACUGCCUGGCCUUUGCAGGACAUUUUCUACAUAGUCUAAGUGUUGAAAUGCAGAUGAGGGCAUAUGAAGUAGAAAGACGGUUGAAAAUUGUCAGUCUGACCCAGUUUCCAAACUUCGAAACUGCAUGUUGGUAUAUGGGAAAGCAUCUACUAGAGACAUUCAAAGGUUUGCAUAAAGCUGGGCAACAACCUUCUGCUCAUUUACUUCAAGGAGCAAAAAUUCUCAAUGGUGCUUUCAGGUCAUGGACUAAAAAACAGGCUUUAGCAGAGCAUGAAGAUGAGCUACCAGAAAACUUCAAACCAGCACAACUUAUCAAGGACCUUGCCAAAGAAAUAAGAUUAAGUGAGAAUGCUUCGAAGGCCAGCAAAGCAGACACGAGUGCCAACACAAAUGCCGAGGAGAUCUGCCCUGUGGAGAAGGAGGAGGCACCAUCACCCGUCCAAGUGACGCCUCCGUCCCCACCUGUAGAAAAGCUCCCUAAAAAAAAGACUCCUAAAACUGUGAAAACCCCCAAACAACUCAAGCCAUCCAAACCCCCCAAACCUCCCAAGCCACCCAAACCCCCUAAGCCUCCCAAAACACCAAAAGUUAAGGGAGAAGGAAAAAAGAAAGGAAAGAAGGCAAAAGAGAGUCCACCGCCAGCCAUCCCGAAUCUCGACUUGCUGGAGGCACACACAAAGGAGGCUUUGACAAAGAUCGAGACGCCAAAGAAGGGGAAGGCUGCAAAGAAUGUUUUAAGUGUUCCCAAUAAGGAAACUGCUAGUAAGCAGAAUGAGGUGGAGAAAUUUGAAGUUCGAGAGCAAAAUAAAAGCAAAACAGAAGCCAAAUGGAAAUACAAGAACAGUAAACCUGAUUCACUUCUGAAAAUGGAAGAGGAACACAAAUCAGAAAAGACGCCUUUAUCAGGAAAUAAGGACAACAAAUUUACAUUCUCUUUCUCUAAUAAGAAGUUGCUUGGUUCAAAGGGAGUCAAAACCCAGCUGAAUACUAGUGUGUUUGGGUCACUGCAGAAUUUUAAAGAAGACAAAGCAAAACCUGUACGAGAUGAAUAUGAAUAUGUGUCAGAUGAUGGUGAACUAAAAAUUGAUGAGUUUCCAAUCAGAAGGAAGAAAAACACUACAAAAAGAGAACUGCCUUUUUUAUCAGAUAAAAAAGACGCUGUGCAGCAUGCUCCUGUUAAGAAGCCAAAGGUGGAGCCGGUAUCAUACAAG